AUGGAGCCAGCAGAGGCGGGAGGCGGCAUCGCCGCGGCGAGGAGCAGCCCGGCCGCCGUGCAGGCCACCAACGACGACGCCGCGGCGAGCAAGCUGUCCUGUGUCACCAAAGGAUACAUGAAGGAUGAUUACGUGCACCAUUUCGUGAGGCGGACGACAAAGAGGGCGCCCAUAAUCAAUCGUGGCUACUAUGCCCGCUGGUCUGUCCUUAGGAAGCUUAUGCUCCAGUUCCUCGCUGCUGGGAAUGGCGGUGGUGAUCAGAAGAGGAAACAGAUAUUAUCUCUUGGCGCAGGCUUUGACACCACAUUUUUCCAGUUGCAAGGCGAAGGGCUUGCUCCAUACCUUUAUGUAGAGCUGGACUUUCAGGAGGUAACCAGCAAAAAGGCUGCCAUCAUCAACCACUAUACUGAAAUGAAGGAAAAAUUAGGACCUGAAGCUACUAUUUCAAUUGAAAAAGGUGAAGUGACGAGUACACACUACAAGCUAUUUUCUGCUGAUAUUCGUGAAAUACCGAAACUAGAUAGAGUUAUUGACAUGGCUGGAAUGGAUCCUAGCUUGCCGACCUUUAUAAUUGCCGAGUGUGUGCUAAUUUACUUAGAUCCAACUUCAACCGAUGCUAUUGUUAGUUGGGCAUCUGAAAAGUUCUCCACUGCAAUUUUUUUCUUAUACGAGCAGAUCCAUCCAGAUGAUGCAUUCGGGGAGCAAAUGAUUAGAAAUCUUGAGAGUAGAGGAUGCCCGCUCCUUGGUAUAAAUGCUACACCAACCUUAGGUCACAAGGAAAAACUAUUUCUUGACCAUGGAUGGAAGAGAGCUGUUGCGCGGGACAUGUUGAAAAUAUAUAAUGAUUUCAUCGACAGUGCAGAAAGGCGUAGGAUUGAGCGGCUAGAGUUAUUUGAUGAGUUCGAAGAGUGGCAUAUGAUGCAGGAACACUAUUGUGUUGCAUAUGGAAUAAAUGACGCUGAGGGGAUAUUCGAUGAUUUUGGAUUCAAGGAGUAGCAUUCUUCGCUUUUAGAUGCAGCAGAAUCAUGUGUAUCCAAGAUGAUUUGAACUAGAAGCACCACAGAAACAAUUUUCCAGAUAAAGAGGAAUAAUGUCUGUAACAUUGUACAUACUAUGUUUGCAAGAACUUAGUGGCACGCCUCACUCGAUACUCUCUUUAAUGACUACUACUGUUGGUAGCUGGGUGGUGUUGUUGCUCUGAUAUUCUGGUGGCAUCUGAUCUGUGGCACCUACUUCUGUGGAGCCUGAAUGGGCCUCCCUCCCCUGAAUGAUUAGAAUAGUUUUUGCAAUGGUAUCUUCAUCAACUGGCCCGGAUGCAUGUUCUAGAUGGGGCUGACACCAAUAGAAGAGAACAACAGAGGGCAUAAACAGAAAAAAGAAGGUUUAUGCAUGUAUUUUAAUUUGUUUUUCUACGAGACUGCAAAUCAAAGACGUCUUGGUCUUUUAGUUC